AUGAAGCUCUCCACGGCGCAUCUACUGCUCGCAGGAGCCGUCGAGCUCUGCCGCGCCCUCCCUCACCUCGACAGCCCCCAGCAGCGUCUCGCCAAGGGCCUCUCCCUGACGGGCAGAUACAGCAGAGAAAACCCAUACACGCCCGACCACAGCGAUCCGCACGAUCAUGCCGUCGACGCCGUCGGCAGGCGCCUGGACCCUCGACCGUGGCGCAACGGCGACGGCGCUACCGUCCUCGGGCCCUACAACCGCCAGAGGUCGCGCCAGAGCCCUGACAUGAUCCGGCCGCCGAGUACAGACCACGGGAACAUCCCCAACAUGCGGUGGAGUUAUACCGACUCCCACGUGAGAAUCGAGGAGGGCGGGUGGACAAGACAGACGACGGUCCGCGAGCUUCCCAGCAGCAUCGAGCUCGCCGGCGUCAACAUGCGCCUCGACACGGGCGUCAUCCGCGAGCUUCACUGGCACAAGGAGGCCGAGUGGGCGUACGUGCUCGAGGGCGAGGUUCGCGUCACGGCCCUGGACUACGACGGCGGCAACUUUGUCGACGACCUCAAGAAGGGCGACCUGUGGUACUUUCCGAGCGGCGUGCCCCAUUCCCUGCAGGGCCUGGGCGACAACGGCACCGAGUUCCUGCUCAUCUUUGACGACGGCCGCUUCUCCGAGGAGUCGACCUUUAUCCUGACCGACUGGCUAGCCCACACGCCCAAAUCCGUCCUGGCCAAAAACUUCAAGCUCGACCCCCAGGUCUUCGCACACCUCCCCGCGAGCGAGAGGUACAUCUUCCACGGCUCGCAGCCGGGCACCAUCGACGAGGAGCGCCCGUCGGGCAAGCACGUCAAGAGGUCCAAGUACCAGUUCACGCACCGGCUGCUGGAGCAGGAGCCCAAGCAGACGUCGGGCGGCCUCGUGCGCGUCGUCGACUCGGCCAACUUCCCCGUCUCGCAGACGGUGGCGGCGGCGCACGUCAUCAUCGAGCCGGGCGCGCUGCGCGAGAUGCACUGGCAUCCCACGGCCGACGAGUGGUCCUUCUACAUCCGCGGCCGCGCGCGCGUCACCGUCUUUGCCGCCGAGGGCAACGCCCGCACCUUUGACUACGUCCCCGGCGACGUGGGCAUCGUCCCCAAGAACAUGGGCCACUUUGUCGAGAACAUUGGCGACGAGCCCGUCGAGAUGCUCGAGGUCUUCCGCGCCGACAAGUUCAGGGACUUUUCGCUGUUCCAGUGGAUGGGCGAGACGCCCCGGCGCAUGGUGGUCGACCACUUGUUUGCCGGCGACGAGGAGAACGGCAAGCGCUUCUGGGACGCGGUCGAGGACGCCGGCAAGGACGAGGUCAGGCAGGCCGCGGGGGCCGACGGCGGCCGUGUCGACGACGGCGCUCAAGACGAGCUGUAG